AUGAGGUCAGCCUGUCUCUCCCUGCUCCUGGUCACAGCGUGCUGGUCACUGCCCUUCCGCCAGUCGGGCUUCCUGGACUUCAUGAUGGAGGAUGAGGCGGGCUCUGGCUCGCCAGAGGUGCCCAUCGACCCCCGCGUGGACAUCCUCACCAUGCCCGAAGGACCCAAGUGCCCCUUCCGCUGCCAGUGCCACCUGCGCGUGGUGCAGUGCUCCGACUUAGGGCUGAAGAGUGUUCCAGAUGAGAUCCCUGCAGACAGCACCCUGCUGGACCUGCAAAACAACAAGAUCACUGAGAUCAAGGAGAAUGACUUCAAGACUCUGAAGGGACUGCAAACCCUGAUCCUGGUGAACAACCAGAUCACCACAAUCCACCCCAAGGCCUUCAUUCCCCUGGGCAAGCUGCAGCGCCUCUACCUCUCCAAGAACCACCUCAAGGAAAUGCCCGCCAACAUGCCCAAGAGCCUGCAGGAGCUUCGCAUCCACGAGAACGAGAUCACUAAGAUCAAGAAGGCCUCCUUCGAGGGCAUGGCCCAGGUCAUCGUCAUGGAGCUCGGCUCCAACCCCCUGAAGAGUGCAGGGGUUGAGGCUGGGGCGUUCGGGGCCCUGAAGAAGGUCUCAUACAUCCGCAUUGCAGACACCAACCUGACAGAGAUCCCCAAAGGUCUGCCCUCCUCCCUCUCCGAGCUCCACCUGGACAGCAACAAGAUCACCAAGGUGCAGGCGGACAACCUGAAGGGCCUCAAGAACCUGGCUAAGCUGGGUCUAAGCUACAAUGAGAUCAGCCAGGUGGAGAACGGUUCUCUGGCCAUGGUUCCUCACCUCAGAGAGCUUCACCUGGACAACAAUGCCCUCACCACCGUGCCUGCAGGCCUGCCUGACCACAAGUACAUCCAGGUGAUCUACCUCCACAGCAACAAGAUAGGGGUGGUGGGCACCCAGGACUUCUGCCCACCAGGCUACAAUACCAAGAAGGCCAUGUACUCUGGCAUCAGCCUGUUCUCCAACCCCGUCCCUUACUGGGAGGUGCAGCCCAUCACCUUCCGCUGUGUGUUCGACCGCUCCGCCAUCCAGCUGGGCAACUACAGGAAGAAGUAGAGAAAAAGUAGUCCACCCCCAGAGAGAAAGAGAGAGAGAGAGAGAGAGAGAGUGUGUGUGUGUGUGUGUGUGUGUGUGUGUGUGUGUGUGUGUGUGUGUGUGUGUGUGUGUGUGUGUGUGUGUGUGUGUGUGUGUGUGUGUGUGUGUGUGUGUGUGUGUGUGUGUGUGUGUGUGUGUGUGUGUGUGUGUGUGAACCGCAGCCCCCCAUCCACCCCACAACACUGAUCGGCAACUUUAUCCCCAUUUUAAAACCAUAGCGAACAUCCAAUACAGUUUUAACAGUUACAGUACUUAAUGUUCUCAUGAGCAAAGACAGAACAGUUACAAAACUCAGUACCAAACCUUCCAUAGGUGGCUUAGUAAUAACUCAAACCAGCUCUGUAUGCAAACAGUUGAUUUAUAAUAGUCCAUGUGCCAUUUGUACAUUUCAUAUUCUACAACAGUAAUCACUGGCAUUAUCCUGUAACAGGUCUUCCAUACACAAUAAACCGUCAGCUCAUUAAAUACUGUAACACUACCUCAUGGUAGUUAUCUGUCAAAAAGAUCAACUUAAAGGGGAUGUCACCCACUUUUCAACCUAAUUUUCAUUAUCUCCAUUACAAUACCAUCGUCACAUGAAAACGUCACAUUUCUAUGUUUUGUAGAAAACAAAUAUGAAGUUAAAAAGAUAUACCCAAUGACAUCAUCAAGAAAAUACCAUCAUCCCUCUGGCUAGAAACUACCAUCAUCCCUCUGGCUAGAAACUACCAUCAUCCCUCUGGCUAGAAACUACCAU